CCCUAUCGACUCGGGCGCAGCCACCACCGAAGCAGGACUCCGGAGAGCAGGCGAGGCGGGAGACCGAGAUGGCGCGCGGCGUGACGGCGGCUACCAAGGGCGGCGCGGGCGCCGGGAAGAAGAAGGGGUCGGUCACCUUCGUGAUCGACUGCACCAAGCCCGUGGACGAUAAGAUCAUGGAGAUCGCGUCGCUCGAGAAGUUCCUGCAGGAGCGCAUCAAGGUCGCCGGGGGCAAGGCCGGCAACCUCGGCGAUUCCGUCACCGUCGCCCGCGACAAGAGCAAGGUCACCGUCACUUCCGACGGGGCCUUCUCCAAGAGGUACUUGAAGUAUUUGACAAAGAAGUACCUGAAGAAGCACAAUGUGCGUGACUGGCUUCGGGUGAUUUCGUCCAACAAGGAUCGCAGCGUCUACGAGCUCCGGUACUUCAACAUUGCUGAGAAUGAGGGUGAGGAGGAGGAUUAGAUAUGCACUGUCUUGUUUCUGUGUCGUGUGAAACUUUGAACUUGUUGGAGCACUUCUGCGGUAGAGUUUUGAUGUUUAUUUUUUUCACCCAUGUUUUGAAUUGUGGCGAUGACGCCAUGUGAUGGAUGCUUAGAUAACCAAGCUGAAGAAUUGUCCGUUCU